AUGCUGGUCCCCGCGCCUUACAAGGCGCCAAAGAAAGAGGCCUCCAAGAAGGUCAAGAAGACCCGGAGUGGCCUCCGUCGCCGCGAGGCUUCGGACGCAAAAUCCGAAGACUCCAACGACGCUCCUUCUUCCGAGGACGAAGAGGAUGAAGCAGAGGAGGACGAGCCUCACUCCGAAGGUGGGAAGAAGCGAGCGGCUUCCCCGUCCCUGGAGGCCGAAUCGCCCAAGAGGGGGAGAGGUUCCCAUCCAGAGGCAUCCACCACGGCUGCCGAUAACAGCCCGGAGUGGGAUCCCAGGGCCCAGCCCCUGGAAAAAUCCCCGGCGAGGUCUCGCGCCGGACAGCCCUCAUCACAAGAUUCGCUAAGUUCAGAUGCUGUGGCGAGCGAGACGCCUCCGGAGGCUCCUUCUCCGAAGUCCAGGCGCGACACCGAGGUGUCGUCUCAAAGAUACCCGGACCAGGGGAGGCAUGUCUCUGGAGCCGGACACAUGAAGGCGGCGGCCCCACGGCAUGUCGUCGAUGGGGGCGGCCUCGGGUUCGGACCACAGCCAGAUAAGGUCCUGGAGACCUCGAAGGUUCUAGGAUCGGGCGAGCAGCCACCUUCGACGGAGGGAGGCUUGUCUACUCUACUGGCCACCUCUGCCCACGCAGAGCUACCGGGCGGUCUAUCGACAGCAUUAAAGAACGCACCUAUCGUCGAUGAACAUCGGACCCUCAUGGGUGCGGUGGUCGAAAAGAUUCAGUCUGCCGAAAGCGGGCUGAAGGAGUCCUGCCUUGGCCUUAUAAAGGCUUUUGAGGCGUCUGUGGAGAAGACGGCCGCUUAUAAUGCGGAAGUGUCCGAACUGAAGCAGAGCCUGGAACGGGCCGAGGAGGAACUUGGCCGUGUGAAGAAGCAAUUAGAGGACAAGCAAGGAGCGAGUGCUGAAUAUGAGGCACUGAAGAAGGCGGUGGCUAAUGCCAACGAGAAGGCUGCCGCCGAACAGGCGCUUCGUGAAAAACACAAGGCCAGGGUCAUCACAACUGAGCGGGAGCUCCAGGAGGCUGUGAGGAAAAGCGAGGGCUUGGAGCAGAGUUUAGUAGGGAAGGAAUCUGAACUUGCCCAAGCCCUCCAAGCCGCGGAAGAUGCUUGUGAAGAAGUACGAGGUGCAGUACGGGACAUUCAGGAUGCCCGGAAAGUUGCGGCUGGAUUUUACAACCUCUCGAACAGCUGA